AGACAAAGUCGUGCUGUAAUCAACAGUGCAUUGUGAUUCAUUUCAAUUCUCAGUAAAAGUGAAUAAACAUGUCGACAUCCAAGGGAAACUGUGACAUGAUUAUUACAGUUGGGUUAAUUUUCUACCUCUUCAUAUCGAUCUCGAGUGCCCCUACGACUGUUAUUCCACCAACAAUGAUGGAUGACUCAUCUUAUCAAGAGUCACAGGAAACGGUUUCAUCACGCUCAGCCCGAGAGUUGAAUGAAGAAAUAACAUCCAUUCUCCCGACUACACCAAAUAUUGUUCUAAAACCCAAUGUCACAGGCGUCCUUGACGUUGGUCAAGGCCUCUUGGUUCCUCUCGUACCCGUUGUGGAUCCAAAAAUUGACAGUCACACAACGCAAGCCAGUCCACUGGUGGCAAAUUUCCUACCAGUGGCGGUAGAAACAAUGGCAGAAUUACCAGACGAGCCAAAGCCGGAGGUAAAUUGAUGGCAAAAAAUGUGGAAGAACGACAAUAUGCGACGUUCUUUUGAGGACAUGGAUGUCGCUGAGGACAUUGUUUUCAGACCGUUAUUCAGAUAUCGUCAAGAGGCCCGUCAAAAAUACGCUAGAAAUAGAUAUUAUCAGCCUUACAUAUAUGCAUAUAAGAAUAAUCCCCAAAACAAUUAUAACAUGUAAAUUUUGAGUUACGCUAUUAUAAAAGUUUCAAUUAAAUAAUUUAUGCGAAGGGUG